UGUGUGUGCGUGUGAGCGCGUGCGUGCCUGUGUAGGUGUGUGUAGGUGUGUGUUAGGCGCUUAUGACGUGCUAUUCAGUGUGAAUCAAUCUGUACACGGAGCUGGAGGCAGGUGGAAGAACAGACGCUGAGGAGUCCCUUCUUUCCCAGCAGAAUUCCACAGUUCACCUGUUAAGUGGAGGAGACGACUAGUACAUCCGGGUCGACUGUGUGGAAGCUUAUUGUAUUGUAUUCUAUCAAAUUUCAUCAUAUUGUAUAAAAUUUUAUCAGAUUAUGUUGAAUCUUAUUAUAUCGUAUUGUAUCGAAUCUUAUCGUAUCGUACUGUACCAGAUUUUAUCUUAUUGUAUCGAAUCUUAUUAGGUCACAUUGUAUCAAAUUUUAACGUAUUGUUUCAAAUUGUAUCAUAUUGUAUGGAAUCUUAUCGUAUCUAAUCUUAUUGAAUCAUAUUGAAUCUUAUCGUGUCGUAUCUAUUCUUAUUGCACUGUAUCACACUGUCAUUUCACAUCACGUCAUUUCGUACUGAAUCUGAUUUUAUUGUAUUGCAUUGUAUCAUAACAUAUGUUAUCAUAUUGUAUCAAAUCUUAUAGUAACAAAAUCCUGUAGCAGGAACAUAACCAUUAAAGCUAUAAAGGCUGUCAGUUAAAGUCUUAGGCUUGAUUGAGAGCUGCUUUAGUGAGACUUGUAAACUUAUUCAGGGUUAAUCAGGUAACUGAUGCUUGGACUGCAUUAAUUAGUCAAUAGUCCUGGAAUAUUAACAACUGUUUUCUAGACGUAGCCUUCAGAUGGAAACUCUUGAGUGUGUUCAGUGCUAAAAGCUGCUGUUAAACAGAGUAGCCAUGGAAUGAUCUGUUCUGAGAACUGAAUUCCAUGUGAUUUCAUGUUGAGUAAGAGUAAAGCUCUGCAGAGAGAUGUAUUAUCCAGCACCUCUGUUAGUCAGCAUGUGUAGGCUGAUGAUUUAGACUGGGAUUUAAAUCCUGUGGCUCAAUUUGUAUUAGAGUGGAGUUUCGUGUGUCCAGACUCGGUGUCUGGUUUGUCAGCAUUAAAAAACCCAAGAGUUUUCAUAGAUUAUCACUUUUCAGAGAUAAUCAUUCCAAACAGGUUUGGUUAGCAAUUAAUGCAAUCAACUACUGCUGGAAAUGUUCCUGAAUUUCUGUCAAUCCGCACUUAGAUAUAAAACAAUUAACAGUUGAUGUACGUAGUUGUUAAGUUGUUAUCCUCGCUCAUUAGCUAGCUUAAUGUACACGUUUUCUAGCGUUGACAUGAGAACACCUAAUUAACCAGUAGUGCGUAGUGCAUUUGCCUUUAUUGUGGUAAUUCACCAGUGACAAAUUCAAAUUGUAAAAGCUAAUUGCUGAGUUCAGUUCAGUCAUUUUCUAAUGAAUUCUGGAAGAUUCUUUGAUGGCAUUCCAACAUGCGCUAACUAUUGAGAAAUGAGCCACUGGUUUUGUAAGAAUCAGGUAUAGAAAUUUCACUUUCAACAUUUCAGUAGUACAGUAGCACAAAAUUCAACUCCAUUGGAAAAUAAUAGUUCUAACAAUUCAUCAUCUUUGGCUCGUGGGCCAACAAGGUAGAGAUGGAAUCUGUGCUUGUUUGCUUUUCCUGAUUCCUGAUAGUGUUUUGAUUUAAAUCUUGGCACAAACUUUCAAACCAUGGAGUACAAUUUCUCUUUGACCUACACUACAAAAAUUUCACUUUUUCCAAAUUCAGAGCCCAGAAAGUCCAGAUGUGUUCAUGUGAAUUUCUCAUUCCAGGCAUGUACGACUGUAUGAAGUUUAUCUAGAAUGCACAAGACUUCUUUGAGAUGCUCUGUAAUGUACGAAAGACUGUUGGAUUUCCUUCUAGAUUUUCUUCUAGCACCAUUCUACAAUGACUUCCACAAAAAUGUUCUGAAGUUGUUCUAAAAUAUUAAAGACUUCGAGACACGUUUGAACUCAUGAAAGACUGUAUGAAGUCAGUCUAGAAUGCUAAAGACUUUGCAGAGAUGCUCUAGAAUGCACGGAACACUUCACUGAGACAUUCUAGAACACAAUAAAGAACGUUCUAGAAUGCUCGAGUCUUCUCUGAGCCAUUCUGCAAUGUGAGAGACUACUUGAUGUUCUAGAACACUAAAGACCUCAAUACUCCCAAGACAUUCUAGACUUCUCCGAGAUGUUCUAGAACACACAAGUCUGUUUGACAUCCUAGAUUGCUCAAAAGUCUUCUCUGCACCAUUCUAAAAUGCAAGAAAGACUACUUGACAUUAUUCUAGAAUUUGAGACACUCUAGAACACACAAAAGAUGUUGCUAUGAUGUCACUGUGUGAUGGCACUGUAGAAUGCUGAAUUCACUCUAUACUUCUAGAAUGCGGUCUUUUAGAAGGCUCGAGAAUGUUCUCUGAGCCAUGCUACAAUGAGAGACAGAAUACUUGAUGUUGUUCUAGAUUGCUAAAGACUUUGAGACACUCUAGAACACAUGAAAGACUGUGUGAUGUUCUAGAAUGCACUGAAGACUGUUUGACGUCAUUGCUGAAUGCACAAAAGACUGUUUGAAGCAGCCAACUGUUGCAUUAUCCAAAAUCUCCUUUAUGACCUCAUCGCCAUAUUCUUAAGUCAAACCUUUCCAUCCUGCUUUUUUAUGCCAUUGUUCCAUCCAUGAAAUCUCCCUCUCACCCUAUGGCUGUAGAAUACAAGGAGUAAAAGUACACAAACUUUCUGAGACAUAUACGAUGGUAUGAGUGCGGGUGGAGGCUGGAGUGAAGCCCUGACCUACUCGUUCUUCAGGUUUACAGGGAGGACCGGGUGCAGUGACGUCUGUCUGUGUGUGUGUUCAUUCUUUGAAUUAACAUGUUUUACCAAGGUGAGAUUGAAACCUUUGGUAUGCUGAACAACUUGAAAAGCUUCCCUGCUCAAACAAUGAUCGCUAUUCAUGUCGUUUUCUGCUCAUCAGAGCUGAACUCUUCCUAUUCCAGCUGCUCAGGAGGCUUGGCUACAAGCUUCUCCUCUUCUGUCAUCUUCUCAGUCUAAUAUAGUUUCCAUUUUAAAGUUUUCAGAAAUGUUCAUUUGAUAGAUAGUGAAAUGGUCUGCUACACUCAGUAGUUACGCUUUGAUUUGCAGACUGGGAUUGUCCAUUGUUUAGGGAACGUUUUGAUGUUUUGCAGCGUUAUUGUUAUCAUUUGUUUGAUCGCUGUUUCAAAGGCCAGUGUCAUCACUUUCCACUUUCCAAGUUCACAUAUCAUCAUGUUCAAACGUAUGAUAUAUGAAUGACGUAUGAAUAUUUUAAUAAUUGUUUGAACAGAAUGAUCAUCAAGAGAUGUUUAUUUGGUUUUUUUUUGUUUUGUUUUUUUAAACACAAAGUCUACAAGCUCAAGUGUGGUGUCUGAUGGUGUCACCAAAUUCUUCACUGCUUCUCACGUGCCAUGCCAAUGCGUGACUCCUGGCCAUGCGACUUUGCGUCAGGAUCGUCACUCCGCGUGAACAGUGUAGGCCACUGUGACAGCGUGAUCAGCAUCUACUCGGGCUACAGUGACGACAGUAUGGAGCAUCUUUCUGCUGAGGAACGUGCAUGCCUCAUGUUCCUGGAGGAAACCAUUGAGUCUCUGGAGGCGGAGAACAACAAUGGUGUGUCAAAUGAUGAACAAAACCAUCUGUCUCACAAUCUGACAAAUAAGAUGGAUCAACUUAAUUCUAUUCGCCAAGUUAAUUCAGAGGGACUAUCUGUUCAUGACGAUCCCAAUAACAUUUUGGGAAAAGACCAUAAAUCCCGUAAAUUGCUUGUUCCAACUCCACUAGUUUUAGCCAACGGCAGUGCCAAAUUUCUGAAAAAAACUGAUAUCGCCAGUACUGAACAAAAACCAGCUGUACUGGUUAACACACCUAAAACCGCUGCAUUCAAUUCUCACCAGUCUUCAGAGUUACUGGCUUCUGCAGAAGGAACUGCUAUAUUGGCUCCAAAUCCCGGGAGACACAAACCAAAUGCUUACUCCUUCAGUGAGCUGACUGAUUUGCCUCCUUCCUUUAUACCUAAGCCACCAGUCAGAUUUAACACUUCAAGUGGUGCCAAAGACAACCCUCCUAAAACCAAUCUUGCUCCAGGGUCAGAUCAGAAGCACAAGAGUGUUUCAUCCGAUAUGCCAGUGGUGCUCCUUCCUCCUCCUUCAGACUUUAUGGAUGAGCCAGUGCUGCUUCCACCAGUCAACACUCUGCCAGCAGGACUAAACCAGCCCCAAACCUCAACUCAACCUUUCUCACAGACUGCAUUCCAAUUCCCAUCACAGCCAUGUCAAAGUGAAAGCACACCAAUUGCUCCUCCUCCAGGUUUUGAUGGACAUAUUGGGACGAACAAGCCUCUAACAUCACUGUCUACAUCCCCAAGGGGACAGCUGUCCCUAAAUGAACUAGACAAGUUGCGUAAGAAAGCGUCAAUGAAGAAGGCCCCUGAAAUAGCACCAGUAGUUCAAGUAAAAUCUGGCCAUAAUCUGCCAGACCAGACAAAUUCUCCAACCUUUGGUCCAGAUACCAGUGCAGUCACUGCAGUGGAAUAUGUAGAACCAAAAAGCCCACCCAAUGUGGCACCCAAACCCAAAAAACUGCCUUCGAGCAUUGUUCUAAAAAGCCACAAAGAUGCCACACCUGGUCAUACCCUUGUUUCACCAGGUGACCGAAUGAUGAUCAACCAACAGAAGGUUCACCAGGAAGCUCUGAAGAAACUAGGCUUGCUGAAGACUGAUGAGAUCGACUUUGGCCACUGCCCCAGUCCACCAAACAAGGUCUCUCCACAGACUUCCUUUACCACAAGCACUUCUUUAGCAUCACCUGCAGAACGUACCGCUGAUUCUGUGCUUCUGUAUCCCGAGCACCAUGCAGUCUUUGAGGCAGAAGGAAAAACAGAUUUUUCAUAUUUACCUGUACCCCCUGAGCAAGGAGAAAGAGAAAAUCUAUCAAUCACAAGGGCACCAAGUCCAAAACCAUUUGAAAUGAAAUCGGCAUCCAUGGAGCGAUCGGGCAUCGGCCUGAAAAGCCUUACACUUGGGAAUCCCUCACACUUAUCUAGCCAGAAUGAGAAUCCAGAAAAUGUGCCAGUUCCAUUUGGACAUCUGCGAAAUAACCGAUAUCAACCUGCUUCUGCUGGAAGCUUGAAGGACUUUAGUAUUAACCAGAUACCUUCUGAAUCAAACAGAGAGCCAGAGCUCAGAAGAUCUCUGCCCAUCCCUGUUCCAUCACAGCCAAAGAUUGAGCCCCAGAAGUCUCUUCGAUCACAUGGCAUCAGCGUGGUCAUCUCCCCACAGAACAAGAACGGCGAGGACCGCAAGCAGGCUCUGAGGAGACUGGGACUGGGAAUGAUCAAAGACUAACCUUCAAAAUGGUUUCCCAGCAGACUGUAUAUUGGACUUCCUGGUCAAUAUUACUUCGCAAAAUAGGACUGCUGAUCUAGGAUCAGUGUAUAUCUUUUACUUUCUAAUCAUUAGACAGAUAUGGUGAGGCUAUGGUGUAGCACUUUUACUUUAGGCACUGGUCCUGGAAAACCCUCUGUCCUUCUAAUCAGCUAAUUAACAUCCCUUCCUGAGUUGAAGUGAGUGUUUUACAGCCAAUAAAACUCUAGAAUGUACUGGACAGGGGGUUCUCCACAAUAAGGUUUGGGAGCUUGUCCUGUAAGAAGUAGUUACAAAUGGAUCUCUGUAUGUACACUGGACAUUCAAGAAAUGUGAUCUAUAAAAACAUAUUAUUUGAAUUCCUGGAUGUUCUGGACAUGAAUACUGGAACUUUUUUUUUUUUACUUUGGUGGAUAAGUGUAAUAUUUAGCAAGUAUAGACUAACCUGUGGAUGAUUUGUGAUUCUACUAGUGUACCUGCUGCUAUAUUGUUUCUUGCUGAAGGAUCUGUUAUGAAAAGUGAAGGAUAAAUACAGUCUUUAUUAAAAUGCUUAGUAGUAGGUGUUGCUAUUAGGGGACUGCACUAGCUGUCAUAGUUUGCAAGUGAUCCAACUGUUUUUUUUCUUAGUGAAGCCUUAGUUAUUGAAAAUAAGGGCUUGACACCUUGCAUUUGACACCAAAGCACAGUCUGAACAUUGCUUAGCAAAUAUAUUCAAACUGUUCUUUAAUUGCCUACAAGCAUUGUUUCAUGGAUACAAUUAUUCUCUUUUGAACAGCACUUUAUGAUCCAUGUACGUAAAAAGCUAGCAAUACUGACUUUAUUAAUAAACUUCUCGUUCUUGAUUGCAUUAACCGUCAUCCUCAUUAGAACAAAAAAUAUCAGGAACUCGGGAUCAAGGAGUGUUGAUCUCGGAUCAGUUUGGUGCUGUAAACACAAGGAACCUGAUUUGAAACCUUCCAGGAGUGCCAGCACAGACAAGGGCAGUGAUCAGGGUGUGAUAUCUGCAGGGUGUUGAAGCAAUGAGUCACACGCAAAGCCUUCAAUGUGUCCUCCAAAAACCACUGAUCCACGAUUUCAUUUCAACACUGCUCCGGCAUUCUCUGAGUUCUUUUCAUGGCCUCAGCAGGUUGCAGUGAAUCCUGGAGGAACCAGUCAGACCUGAUUCGAGGCACCAGUUCUUAAUGGAUUUAAGUCACUGCUCUGUAACCUUACUCCUUUCUCACCUCAUAAUUCACGGUCAAGACCUCUCUCCUUCUGGAGACCUUGUUCGUUUCAGAAAUUGACAAUGAUAUCAUACUUAAACCUGACCUUGUGUGUUUCCUUGAUAUAAAAGUGAUUGUUUUUUUGCUCUUACCUUUUAGGCCUACAGUUAUACUAAUUGUUACACAUUUAAACAACUUAAAAUAAAAUGUUUUUCUUACAUACUCCAA